AUGAAGAUGGCCGCGUCGCAGAUGGUGAAGCUACCGCCGGCCCACUUUGUGCCGAUGCGUCUCGAUAAGUUCCUUAGCCAAUUUACGAGCAUGAGCCGCAAGGACAUCGAGAACAUUUACUACGCUGACCGAUCGCGCAUUCAGAUUCGCACCCACCCCGUGAUGGAGGAGACCGCGGCUCCGGCCGUCAACCCCAGCCCCUCCCUGCAUGCCCUCGUCUAUCUCGAGGAGGACCACGUCCUCGUAGAUGGCCAAGAAAUCGAUUGGCAGCGAGAGCUGGAGCGGCUGAAGACGAGGGUGGUGGCGUUGAACAAGCCGGGCGGAGCCAUCUCGGCGCUGAAGAGCGACUACGGCAAGAAGACACUCAACGCUUGUCUGCAAGGUAUGCCGGAGGGCUUCGGCUGCAUCGGGCGGCUCGACAAGGACACCACCGGCCUCCUCAUGUUCACCAACGACGGCGAUCUAGGCCACGUCAUCACCAAGAAGGGCAAUCGGAUCAGCAAGAUCUACGAGUUGACGAUAGCGGAGGCCGACCUGACGCUGGACGAUCCUCGCAUACAGCAGAUGCUGCAGGGCGUCGAUCUGUACAAGGGCGAGGAGCCGGCCAGGGCCGCCCACAUCACCAUCCACCACCCGCAGACCACGGACUCGUCUCUGAGUAGUACCACCACUACAACCGCCACCACGGCCACGGCCACGGCCACCCCCGCAGCGGACUGCAGCGGCCAGGAAGAGGGUCCGCACAAGCGGAAGGGCCUGAGCGAGAGCAGCGCAGCGGGCGACGAUGGAGACAGAGAGGCGAAGAGACGACGAGAAGAGAAGAAGGAGAAGGAGAAGGAGGAAGACGACGUUGGUGUGCAAGGAGGCGAGGGAAGGGGUGAAGAAGAGAAAGAAGAGGCGAACGAGGACAAGAAGGAAAAGGUGAGCAAGAAGCGGAGGAAGCUGUUGGCGCGAGGCACCACGACGAAGCUCUCGCUCGAGAUACGGGAGGGCAGGAACCGCGUGAUCCGGCGCAUGUGUGCACGCGUGCGCCUCCCGCUGCUCCACCUGCAUCGCGUCCGCAUCGGCAACAUCGACCUCGACGACGUCGGGCUCACCGGGCGACUCGGCGAGUGGCGAUUCGUAGACGAGGAGAAGAUCGAGGAGCUGUGGCAGAUGGUAGGCGGCAGGGACGAGGCCGUGACGCGCCAACAGGUGGUCGCCCUGGCCAGUCGCCUCCGGCGGGCGCGCGACGAGGCCGCCGCCACCGCCGCAGGCGCCACAGCGCAAGCAUCAGCCGACGCGGACAGCAGCAGCGCCGACGCCUCUGCUGGUCUGGAGCGGCUGGAGGCCUGGUUCGCGCGCCACCGCCUCCUGACAUUCGUGGAUGGCCAGCAGCAACCAACAACAGAGCCUUAA